AUGGACGGAGGUCUACGCGAAAAUCAAGAGAAGCAGCGCAUUAAACAGGCUGUAAAGAAGAACUGUAGGCAGAAGAAAAGGCUUCAGGCACGUCAGCUCAGAGAUUACAAUCGGAACACAAGUCAAGGACAGAAUCUAUCAAGCGUUGCCGAGCAAGGCAAUCAAUUCUGCAAUGCUUCUCAAACAAAUCCCAAUUUUGGAACCGCCCCAUCGCCAAUCUUGACACCUCGAUCCUUACAAAGCCGUGUCCUCUCGGGACAGUCAUUCGCCGAGCCCCUUCACUUCGACGAGGCCAGUCUCCUUAUGCACUACCUAGAUCACGUCUUUCCCUACCAGUAUCCUUUCUUCGACAAAUCAAGGUUGUCUAGAGGUUGGCUUCUCUGGCUUCUUAGCAAGAAUGGUCCUCUCUACCGCGCGUCCAUGGGUCUCGCAGCGUUGCACCAGCGAUCACUGUUGGGCGAGACAGACAACCAUCAUCUCGAACUUGAGUUCCAUACCAAAGCUGUUGGGCAAUUACAGGAUUUUCUUUCAUCUAUUGACACCAAUGAACUGCAUCCCAAGAAUGAAACUCUGGUGGAGAUUAUCACCUGUGGUAUCGCCCUCAUUAGCUUUGAGGUCCUUCGAGGAAGUGCGACAAACUGGCAACCGCAUUUAUCUGCCAUGUCCUCCAUCGCAGUCAUGAUGCAUAAUCAGCCUCCCCUUCCGCAACCAGCGGAUCAUCUUCCAACCCCCCUCUUUGAAGGCAAAGCUACUGCAGCCAUGGCAUUCCAUCUCCCAGUCCUGCUCUGGAUCGAUCUACUGGCCUGUGUAGCCACACGGGAGAGACCAAAGCUUCCAUAUGAUGAGUGGCUGGAGCCUAAUUGCACAUUUCAGCUCGCACAUAUAAUGGGUUGCCAGAACUCAGUCAUGAAAUCCAUAGGGGACCUUGCAGUCUUGAUUGAGUGGAAGUCUGACUCUCUUGACGAAGGUAGUCUUGAUCUUGAGGUCUUUCGGACAAAGUGGCAACGGAUCGAAGAUGAACUAGAGAAUGUUAUGGAUACGACUCCUAUGGCCGCCAUGGAAUGUCAAGGAUUGUCAUCCAAAGCUCCAUCAAGUCAAAGACCCUGUCACACGAAGUCAGUGCAGCGACCUGAGCAAUAUUCAGUCACUCGCAUAUUUGCUGCUGCGGCCCUGGCCCAGCUCGCGGCCAUCAGCGCUGAGAUUUCCGAUAACAUCCCAUCGACAGCCCCGAGAAGAGCAGUCAGCCGAGUGAUUCUCGAGAUCAAAAUGGCCUCCUCCACGCUCUCUCCCCGGCAACUAAGCUGGCCUAUAUGUGUCGCUGGCUGUUUAGCGGAUCCGGACCAGCAGCCAUUCUUUGAAGCAUUGUUGGAUAGUGUAGUAUUUGAGGGAACCGUAAUGAUAGGAAACUGUGGAAUUGUUCGGGAUAUCUUGCGAGCUUGUUGGAAGAAUAGAGCUGAGCACUCAAAUGAACAGUGGGACUGCAGUAGUACUAUGAAGCAGUUGGGUAUCUAUGCGCUUCUCAUAUAG